CCAUUCAGAUGUUUUAGUAGUGGUGGCUUGACUGGCUUCUCUUCUCUCACUCAUAAUGUCUCUCUAUCACUCUCACAAUUUGUCUUUCAGUGUUUCUACUUCCUUGCUUUCCUAAUUCGGAACUUUAUAGUUUUUCAACUUGCACCAUAUAUUUCUUAGCACUAAAUUAUGUAGCACUAUAUUCCUACUACAUCCUCAUCUAUAUAUAUAUAUCAUUCUCUGUAUUUGGUAGCUCUCAUAUUCAUAUCCCUUCAACUCCUUGUUCAAUAUAUUAUCUUUGAACCAUGUUACUAAGAAGUUUAAGUUCACCAAUUCCAAGUUCACUGCUGCCAAAUUUCAAAGAAUUUUCCCCUGAGCCUGAGAAGAAAAAUUGCAUAUCAUGUAGUAGUGGGAUGGGGAAAGAAAGCGAUGGGGUGGAAGAAUCAAAACAAAGAAUUCACAACAAAGUUAGAAAGUUGCAAACUUUAACAAUGGGUAGUGGGAUGGGCAGUGAUGGUGGCAGUGAUGGUGGCAGUGAUGGUGGCAGAGCUUGUGGCGGUGGUGGAAGAGGCUCAGAUGAUGAUGGAACACAUGCUUAUUACCAGAACAUGAUUGAAGCAAACCCCAACAAUGCUCUUUUCCUAGGAAAUUAUGCUAAGUUUUUGAAGGAGGUUUGUGGAGAUUACCCUAAAGCAGAGGAGUAUCUUGAAAGAGCCAUUUUGGCUAAUCCUGGUGAUGCUAAUGUUUUAUCCCUCUAUGCGAAUUUGAUAUGGCAAAAAGAGAAGAAUGCUGAUAGAGCUGAAGGCUAUUUUGAUCGAGCUGUUAAAAGUGCCCCGGAUGAUUGCUAUGUCCUGGCUUCUUAUGCCAAAUUCCUCUGGGAUAUUGAAGAUGAAGACAAAGACAGCCACCAUAAAACUGAUCAAAGCUACACAUAUCCAUCUGACCUCUUUCAAGGAACUUAUGGCCGCCCACAUGCUACUGCAGGUCAAUUCUGGGAAAUAUAACUUCUGGAUAUCAGAAUUGAUUUUGAUGAAACAGAAAUUGAUCCAAACAUGCUGCUAGCAGAAGUGGAGACUGUAGUAGAUAGCUUAUGUUCAAAAUAAGAGAUAGCAGUGUUCUAUAUGUUGUGUGCUGGUGAGGCUUCUAAUGUUUUAGAGAAUGUGAAAUUUUGGUAGAAAACUUGCAAUUAAGGAACAAUCCUUUAUGGCUUUGUUAUGUUCUUUGUCUUAACUACAUUUCCUAAAAGUUAUAAUUCAUAUGCAGUAAUGUAUAUAUGAUCACCAGUGUGAGCAUCGGUCAGUACGCAGUUUGUAUGGUUCAUCAAACUUAACUAUAAUAAACUUAAGUUUACUCAA